AUGCUCCUCCAUCCUCUCUACGGGAUACUCGCGGUUCUUCCGUUUGUCGCUCUAUGUUCAGGAAGCGGAUCAAACGAUACCUCGAAUGCUGCUCUCUGGAACAUCAUACCCGACUGUGCCCAAAAAUGUGUCGAGAAUUUCAUUCUGGGAGAAUACACAUCGGAUGAAUGCUCGUCUGCGUUGGAUAUCAAGUGCUUGUGUCGGACAAAAACACCAAUUGGUCUGACGUUGGGAGAGGCUGCUCUGAGCUGCCUGUAUGCUCUGUGCGACGAGAAUUAUAUCUCCAGCAAGGGGAAUAGUGUCUAUCAUGUUUGCGAUUCGGUGUCUGGCGCCAUACGAGAGACACACUCUGUAAUUACAGCGACGACGUUCGACCCGCCCAGCUCGACCACUACGACCGCCGGUGCAACAGCGAGUGUUGGAACAGCAUCUGGGAGUACCUCCCAGAAUAAGCCGGGCUCAUCAACAUCAAGCUUGCCAACAUCUACAACAUCUGUCUCGUAUACCAGUGAUUCAAGUAUCACUUACCAAACGACAUCAUCCGGCUCUGGAGUAAUCCCAGCAGCUACCGGCACGGAAACCACCUCCGACACUCUUAGCACUGAUACCUCGUCUCCGUCAAACGAUGGAACUGCUAAAAACCACAUCAGCUCCGGCACCGUCAUUGGUGUCUCCGUUGCAUCAGGCGUGGCUGGUUCCUUCAUCAUUGGCGUGGCUGUAUUCCUCUGCUGCAAGCGAUGGAAGCAAAGGAACCACACAAUCGGGUCCGACUCAGAUAAUGACUUCUUCGAGAUCGGAGGUGCAAUGUCUCAGCCUCCAGGGUUCUCACGCCCGUCCUCGCGCCGUUCCUCACCCUCUCCGGGGCCAACUCCCGCAGGGCCUUCUUCAUUCAGCCACACCAGAGGACAUCAGGAAGUUUCAGAGCUACCGUGUACUCGCACGCCGACUGCGCAGAAUCCACCCACCACUGCAACGGUGAUGUUAGUUCCAAAUGCAGAGAAGCCACGAGAGAUAGAGCCAAUUGGAGUUGCUGUGAGCUCUGGGGAUGAGUGGGAGACUUCACCGCGGACACUAUCUUCACAGAAUACACUCGCAGAGCCAAUGGUUCCCCAAAGUGUAGGGCUAUAUCCAAAGCCACUGAAAUGGAGCCAUCGCCCCGUCAGUGGAGAAACUCUCUUUGAAGAAGAUGAAUUCCAACAGCCACAACCGUCGCAAUCAAAUAGCUCUCAAAAAUCCGAGUCUCCACGCAUAAUGGCAGGGCUACCGGCCAACCCUCGUGCUCUCAAGAAUGGCUUCCCAGCCCAAAAAUACCUUCGCCCUCCGCAGCAGCUGCCAUAUCCUGGUCAAUCACCCUCAAUAUUAUCAGCACAAGGUGUUUCUACAGAAAUAACGCUAGCUCCAGCCUUCUCCACUACUGCUCGCCGCGGCUCCCCGCCCUCAAACUCUAGCGGCACUCCUCAUAAUAGCUCUGGCUCUUCCCACCGAUAUUCGGCAAAUACAACCCUCACGACGCCCUUUAGUACAGGUCAAGGCCGUAUCUUAGGCGACAUGUCCCCUGGCAGACCGAGUCCAGCUCAAGGACCAAGUCCCAGGCCAAGCCCAAAGCAAGCUGCGACUCAAUCUGGAAGAUUGAUACCUGGACCUGGACCAGCGACACCAGCCCCUCCCUCCAACGGCCUCGGUCUCUCACCGGCAGCAGAGAUUGUAUCCCGACCACGCAUCGUCCGCCGAGACGAUAUCAAGCGCGUACAGAUCCGCAGUAGCCCGCGUCCACCGAGUGAGGUUGUCGUUCCAUAUUGUCCCGAGGACUUCUGGCUCGAGAGAGGCCGCAGUCGGGCUCCGGCAUCUACGGGCUCUGGUGGACUUCCGUAUCCGUCAGAGGCGUUCCCCGGAGCUGUGUUGUAUCCGCGAAGUCCUCAGAAGCGGCCGCAGGAUAUCAAUGCUCAGAGGUUAUCGGCGACUGGGCGGAGUUUGACGCCUUCGAGGAGGGGGCAAGAUUUGAUAUUAAGGGUGGAUUAG